AUGGACGAAUUGUUACAGCGCGCCACCGAGCGAUCGGUGAAGUCCACCAACGAUUUGGAGGCGCAGAUUGCAGACGGCGGCGACGCUGAGCGUCAGAGGGUGCGCGAGCGCAUGAACGCAAGCUUUGGUGAAGCAAUCUCUCCUUUGAAAGGGCCGGAGUUCCCUUACCUACUGAAGAACAAAAGGGAUGCAGAAGAAGACCAGCACUCAGACGACGCCCCAGACCAGUUCUCAGAGUCGGAGCCUGCUCUUGGCCAUGGAGACCAUGUCGUGAUGGUGGGAGACGAAGCGGUCUACGUCUGGGAGUAUCUUGGAGAUGAAUGGUCUGGUUGGGUGCGAAAGCUGCAUGCGCCUCCACAAGAAGGAGAGGAGAUGCCGGAAUACAUUGUGGCAAAUCUGCAUGACUGGCAGCGCUGCGGUGCUUUCAAGAUGGUUCGCCUUGCCGAAAGCUCGCUGCAUGGGGCCAUCCUUGGGGAUGAAAUGGGUCUGGGCAAGACUUUGACGACCAUAAGUGCCUGCGAGAUGUUGAGGAAGAAGUAUCCAGGGGCCUUCGAUGUUGUCGUCUGUCCGAAGGGCACCUUCAGGCAGUGGGACCACGCGUUCUGGGACAAUUACAGAGAGGACUGUCGACUGAAGGUGAAAGUGUUGAACGAUCCGGCCACAACAGCGAGCGAGUUACUCGCUCAGCGCGUGGACGUCGUCAUCUGCUCGUAUCAGUUCAUUGCAUCUCGACACAAGCACUUGAAGACAGUACGGAAACACUUCGAGCAGGCUCAGUCAGAGGAUCUCUCUGCCGAAGAAGUCAGGGAAGCCGCGAAGCGCACUGGCGUGCGCCCCUUCUUCGAGCAUCGUCCUGUUUCGGCAUUGCACACCUCCCUGUACAGCGGCCUUGGACUACCAAUCCGUACGCUCAUAUUGGAUGAGAGCCAGCUUGCUAAGAACGAAGGCGCCACCCACGAGGCCCUUCAGGACAUCGACCGCCGCUUUACUUUCAUGCUGUCUGGCACCAUCUUCAUGAAUCGUUGGUCCGAUGUUUACGGUGGUGGAGUCAGUUUCCUCAAGGGCCACCCGUUCGAUACGCGAGCAAGCUUUAACAAGUCAUUCGCUGGGGUAGAGGGAAACAGCACCAUCCCCAAUCCGAGUAACUCGAAAUGGAACAGACUGGUCAAAUUCUUACUGGGCGCCGGGAUAUCGAGGCCUAUAUCGCUGCUGGACCUCCCCGGCCUGGACAUCGAGGUCCACGCAUUCCUCUUCACGGACAAGAAAGUCUUGAGCCUAGUCUGUCUCCUGGUGAAGAAAUUUGUUGAAGCCGUAGUGAGCGGAGGGAUGGUGAACCCAGCGUGUGCAGGAGGAAAGGGAGCGCGAUCGGCUAUAUAUUACGCCACGGCAGCCCAGCAGCUUGUCGCUCAUCCGCACAUGAUUUCGCAGACGGACCGCAAGAAGCUUGACGCAAUGCAGGAAGAAGCUUCCAAAUUAAUGGACUCUUACCUGACGAAGUACCCGGCACAUCAGGAAGGCAGCCUGGAGCUGUACGUCCAGAUCCUGGAUUGCAUGAGGAAGGAUGCUGGGAUGUUUCGGAACCAGAUGCCCAGUGACGAUCCGGGCGAACAGCCACUCGAAGCCCCAAGUAGCGAGCCGAUUGACACAGAGAUGCUAGCUGCAGCCAGCCAAACGAGCGAGUCACUCGGAAGGGCCUCUGGAGAUGGCGCAGGAGAGCCACGCAGCGCAUCGGGCAGCUUGUUCGAGCCGGACGGCGAGGAGAUGGCGGGCGCGGAUCCAGACGAGGAGUACGACGACGACGACGAUGAUGAUGAUGAUGUGGCCGGCGAUACAGCUGCGCCAGCACCACCGCGCGACCGGCAGGAAUUCCUUGAUGAAAUCAAAGGGCUCAGUGUCGAGGAGGUGCGUUCGCCCAGGAUCAUCGCCCUGCUCGAUGUGUUGAGGAAAAUCGGCAAGUGCCCAGGAGCGAAGACGCUGGUGUUCUCGAGAUUCCUCAAGUUCCUGGAUAUCGCCGACCGUGCCAUCGGAGAUGAGUUCGGCGUGUCGCUGCGUAUCUUCCGCUACGACAGCUCGGUACAGGACAAACAUCGUGUGGGUGUCGUUGAGCAAUUCGGACGUCACGAAGGACCGGCAGUGAUGCUGAUCACCUCGGGCUGUGGUGGGGCAGGCUUGAACAUAACGAGUGCCUCGUUCGUCGUUCUGUGCGAACCGUGGUGGCGCGCUCCCGAUGAGAUGCAAGCGAUUCACCGCGCGUAUCGCAAGGGCCAGGAGAAGGAAGUCCAAGUGAUCAAGCUCUUUGGAUCCUCGACAAUGAUCGAUGCCUUGCUCCGAGAGAUCAGUCAAAAGAAAGCGGCAGUCAACGAUCCGCUGCAGGCGGCGCUGCGCAGGCGGGACGAUGAAGAUUUCGUGAUUCCAAAGAUACACGUUGGCGCUGGGGAAUAG